ACAGAAUAAAUUAAAUCGCUGAGAUUUUUUCAUUUACCUCACUCCCCGUUUUGAUGACGUCAUCAACCAUCGCCCCCAUGUAUCGCACGGAGGAUUCGGGAAUAUCUGCAUGUCUAGUGGAUAAAGAAUUCAUUAUUUCCCUUUUUAAAGACGUGUCUUUAACAAAUUCCCAUUCACUUUCUUUAUGCGACACUUUAAAAAGAAAAUCUGGACACAGUCUGCUCUUUUACGACCCCCCUCAAAUCCGUUUAUGUGAUGCCAUUAACCAGCGUGCUAACCUGCAAACUCGCUAACAUCUGAUUCAUCGACAUCAAGCAGCUGCACAAAAAACAUGAAGCGUGCGGGGAGGAGACGGAGCUCCGUGUGGGACUGCUUUGAACAAGUGGGGAACUUUGUCCACUGCACAAAAUGUGACGCUACACUGAAGUACUGCGGAGGAGCCACGAGUUCCAUGAUGAGCCAUAUGAGCAGGUACCAUUCGUCUCCAACACCACCCGACGAGGACGAGAAACCAGUGAUUUGCAACGUGCACAGCCUCGACGAGGAGAGCAUCACUAAUGCAGACAUCACGCAAGUGUCUGUAAUGUCCCCUAAUGUUAGCAUAUCAAGCACCCCCCCUGAGCGGGACAAUGGGGAGAGGAAGCGCCUGAAGAGGAGCUCUGUUUGGGACAUUUUUGUUAGAAAGGACGACGAGGUUCACUGCACCGUGUGUGACACAAAGCUGAAAUACAAGAGCAGCACCACCAGCAUGAUGUAUCACAUCAGAAACAAACACCCGGACACGGUGCCUGGUGAAGGCGUGUCACUGGCAACACAUGCAGGAGUGACAGAGCUCAUAUCGAGAAUGAUAGAGAAGGACAUGCUUCCAAUCAGUGUGGUCACUGGGGAUGGUUUCCGUGAGCUACUUGCAUACACUGUACAUAAUUAUAAAAUUCCAUCAGCUGGAGACAUCACACGCCUUAUUGAAGGCCAUUUCCAUGAUAAGGUGGAUGAGCUUGUAGGGCAGCUUAGUCGAAUGGAGAAAGUGGCUCUCACUGCUGAUGUUUGGACAGCCCUCCCAUUCCAGAGGUACAUUACAGUCUCCAGUUCAUACAUCACAGAAGACUGGCAGUGGAGGUCAGCUGUGCUGCAGACAUGUAAACUAUCACUAGACAGCCUUAAUGCAUCACAUAAUAUCACAGAAAGGCUUAUCAGCAUUGUGCAGAACUGGGGUCUUGCUGGAAAAGUAACAGCAUGUAUUUAUAACCACACAGAAGAUGUCUUGUUUGCUAAUGCCAGUGCCCCUGUCACUUGGGACUAUGCCACCUGCUUUGCCACUACAUUACAGCUCGCAGUCUGUGAAGGCCUGAGCCAUGAUCUGAUCCGCAUCAUCAUUGCAGCAGGGAAACUAGUCAAGCACUUCAGUCACAACCUGCUGGCAAGUAGGGCGUUGGAGCUGAAACAGGUUCAGAUGUGCCUGCCUCAGGACAAGCUCAUCCGGUCAAGCAAAGCUCGGUGGGACACGAUCUGCGACAUGUUCGAACGUCUACUUGAGCAGCGGUGGGCGAUCAAAGCUGUGCUCUCUGAUCGCACAAUCACAAACAGACAGGAAGCCCAGAGUCUUGAGAUCGGGGAUGAUUGUUGGCAAAUAAUUGAGAAUUUCACACCGGUGCUGGCAACACUGAAAUGGGCAACCACAGUCACAUCUGCUGAAACAGAAGUAUCGAUUUCAAACAUCUACCCGAUCACAUUCAGCCUCAUUCAGAACCACCUUGUGCCGAAAGAGAAUGAUGUUGAACAAGUCUCAGAGUUCAAGAUGAAAGUUCAGAAGUCACUAAGAAGUCACAUGGAGGUUGACUCCAAUGACUUGGCCUCCAAACCAGCUCUGAUUGCCUCGAUGCUGGACCCUCGUCACAAACAUCUCAGCUUUCUGACACCAUCAGGAAGACUGGCUGCAAAGGUUAAACUGCAUGAACUGGUUUCCAAACAAGAUGCAAUAACUUCAACUUUGUGCACAAAAGACGAGCAACAGGAGACCCCGAUCACACCUGAUAUUAGUCAUGUUGCUGUGCCCUCUCAAAUGAGAAGUAACACCAAAAACACCAUGAUGCUGCUCCUGGGAGACAACUACAGUUCCUCCUAUGCCACAGACUCUGAGGCUCAGGUAGAUUACUACCUAAGAGACAUUGCACCUUCAUUGGACAUAAACCCUCUUGACUGGUGGAGGGUAAAUGGGCCAAGAUUCCCCAAACUGGCUACUCUGGCAAGACACUACUUGUGCGUACCUGGGGUGUCACUGCCAUCUUUGUUGUCUGACGCUGGACAAUCUUUUGCCACAAUGCGUACAAGACUGAGCCCAGAGCAUGUUGACAUGAUGAUCUUUGUAAACAGAAAUCUACAACUUGCAUGACCCCACAUGUUAGAAGUACAGAGAUAUUAGUGCAGCAUGACCUCUGUCACUGUUCAUGUGUUGAAUAAUGUGCUAAAAAGAUGCAUUCUAAUACAUUUUCAAACUUAACUGUAGAAUACAACAGAAGAACCCAGUGAUUUUCUAAAUACUUCACUUGGAUUGAUAGCGCUUCCUCUUGGCUUAAAACAGUGGGUAGGGAGCCGGUUGUUAAAUCAUUUACAUUAAAUGUGCGAACUAGUGAUGAACGCAUCAAGUCCACUAAAUUAUUACACAUUUAAGGAGCACAAGAAUUAUUAGUUGGUUAAACACAUUUUUGCUAUUACUAUAGGCCCAAAAUACCGGUUACAUACUGUGUAUAAGCUGUAGCUCUGCCACCCACUACUAGCUGGAGCUGUAUCUUGGCAUUCUGCUCUAAUGCUUUACUACUCAACAGUAAAACAGUACACAUGACAGAUGGUAUCUCUUAGUUUGGCGUGGUUUGGCAGUAUUUUGAGAGGUAUAGAGAUAAGGUAUCUAGGCUGUGUCUGGUUAAACUGUCAUAUAAUUGACCCAGGGUUCCCAGCUGCUCCUUAAAAAGUCAUAAAAGGUCUUGAAUUUAAAACCCAAAAACUAAGGCCAUUAAUUGUCUUAAAUUUACUGUAAAUUUGUUGUAGGUAUUACAUUUGAAGAACAGUUAUUAAGGCUAAUGGGGGAACUGUUAGGGCCAAACAUUACUGUCACGGACAAUGGCAGAAAUCUAGUUCUUCGACAGCAUAAUGCCUUCUCACUGAUUUGCAAACUUGGACCCAAAUACUGUCCUAUCCUGUCUUGGACCAGUCAUUGAAAGUCUGCGUAUUCCUACCAGCACAUCUUUUGUUGUCUUUAUGGUAGUGAGUCUAGCAGCCAAUGCCUUUAUUUUAUAUAAAUAUAUUACAAAUGGAGUCAGGUUUAUGAGAACUAAACAGAAAAACUGAGCAGCCAGCAGAGAGUAGCAUUACAGUGCAAGAAAACAACUGAGUCAGGGGAAAGGCAGUGCUUUAAAAUGAGAGAAGUAGACUACAAAAUAAAACUAAACCAAUUUGACAUCAUGUACCUGCAGACUCUGUGAUCCUGUAUUUAGCCAUGUUGGGUAAAUUGUGAUCAAUUUUGACCGAUGAAUGUUUUCGUACCUUUACAAUAGUUAGUUAGUCAGAAUUUAAAUUUCUGUUCAAAAGACUAGGAAAUAAUAUUAGUUUCAGAUCAACCCAAGUGCAAACUUUAGUUUGAAUAGAUUUAUUUAAAAAAAUCUAAAUAGGGAUAAAAACCAUGAUGAUGAACUAUGGAUGGGAGAAAUCACUGGGUUUUCUUAGUUGACAUGAUAUUAUACUUAAUAGUUGUAGAAUUAAAAUGGGUAGGUUCUCACUGACCAAACUAACCUCUACUUUAAUAUAGUUUAAAUGUUAUAUUGUUCCUUAUGCGUUGCCAACUUUGUAUACAUACAGCUGUAGCAGGUGAGUGAUGAUCUGUUUUGGGACCAAUUGUUUUUGGCACAUGCUCUCUCCCUCCCACAGGACGGCUUCAGUGAUUGCGCCAUCCUGGAAGCGACGCAGCUCAGAGCGGGAACCCCAGAGCUGACGGAACUCAGCUGCCUAUCAGAAAAAUACUAGUUAAAAUCAUUGUCAUAGAUGAGUCUUGACAGAAGCAAAAUAAUACACACAAGACCAAUCAAUUUACACAAGAGCAUGCAUGAUGGAAAUAAAAAUUAGUUCUUUAAAAAGUA